ACAGUCCGUCCCUUCAAUUCAGUGGGCGUGGUGUGAAUUGGAAAACAAACAGCAGACACCCUGCAUUACUUCCUACAUCUCCGCACUUCCCAGGCGGUCGCCGCUCGUUGGCUCUAAGUUAACCGUUUCUUAGUUAUUUGCUCUACGUGCGAGGACAGGGAACAGAGUUCCUGUUUGUGGACUUCAAGAGCACUCGGGACAUUGAGGGGCCAAUGGCACUUACCUCAGUCUGUCCGGCACAGCUUUUGCACUAGGACACUGAAUGGAGCGACAGACUGCACCAAAGUGCGCUCGACUCCGAUACUGCAUGUAUUGUGCGUACACGCACUAAAUGGGACGGAGGAUCUAGUGGGAUACGACCGUGCAGCUGUGAAUACUGUGUCCGGAAUCCGCUGGAACAGUUGCGACCAUGAGUGGCGGCGAAAUUAUUUGCCAAGGAUGGCUCAGAAAGUCACCACCAGAGAAGAAACUGCGGAGAUAUGCCUGGAAGAAGCGCUGGUUCAUCCUGCGCAGUGGACGCAUGAGCGGCGACCCCGAUGUGUUGGAGUACUACAAGAGUGAGAGUGCCAAGAAGCCCAUCCGCGUCAUCGACCUGCACUUCUGCGAACAGGUGGACGCCGGCCUCACCUUCAAGCGCAAGGACUUCCAGGACAGCUUUGUGUUUGACAUCAAGACAUCGGAGCGCACCUUCUACCUGGUGGCCGAGACUGAGGAGGAGAUGAGCCGCUGGGUGCGCUCAAUCUGCCAGCUCUGUGGCUUCAACCAGUCCGAUGAGAACCACGACGAGAGGUCGUCCUCUGCCCCCAUGCCUCGCUCCAUGGCCGGUGACCUCGGGGGCUCCCUGGCGCCUGGCGAGCGCAAGUCCGCUGGCCCUGUCCACUCCAGCCAGCCCAUGCUCUUCACCUUCGACAUGCCCGUCCGCCAUGGCCACGGCUCCCUGCCCAACUCCGCGCCCCAGGACUACCUCCUUCUGCACCAGUGCUUGAGCAGGAAGACGGAGGGCACUCGGAGUGCUAGCUUCUCCCAGGCGACGCGCAGCAGCCUGCUGAUGGGCAGCGACUCGGCCGUGCAGAAGCUCACCCACGGCUUCUCCCACUGCCUCAACGGCAUGGGCUCUCAGCUCCAGGGCUUCUACAGCCUCCCCAAGCCCAGCCGACAGAACCAGAACCAGCAGGCGGGGCCGCAGCAGGGCCAGGCCCUCCCGUCCUCCUCCAGGGCGGGCUCUCCGCGCGAGGCCUCCUCCUGCUACGUCCUCCCCAGGGGCUACAGCUCGGAGGGGUCGGCCCACCACGGCGGCCUGGGCUUCUCCGAGCUGGAGCUGGACGGUGCCGAGGAGGUGUACGCCUACAAGACGCCAUGCAACGCGCCGCUGACCAAUGACCGGGCGCUGCCGGACAACUACGACCGGCUGCCCACGCCGCCGGGCUCCUUCUACCAGACGCCGCGCGCCUUUGACAAGAACCACAACGCGCUGCCCUCCGGUUCGGGUACGGAGGCCGCCUCGGCUGGAGCUGGGCCCCCACCCAGGCCCCCCAAGCCCGGGGGCAGCCAGGGCUCGGACACACGCUGGGGGAGCCCGCAGUCGCUUGGGGGCCACAACGGAGAGAUGGCGGCCACCACUGUGUCGGUGAUUCCUCGGAGGAACACGCUGCCCGCGGUGGAGAACAUCAGGCUACAUCGAGGUUCUUCCUUUGAGACUAACAGUCACCAACGGCCCAUCUACUUCAAUAACUCAGGAGGCCAGUCCGUGGAAUCUGUCAAUGAUGGCUUCAGCUCCUAUCUGCGAGCGAAAGCGCCUCUAACGCGCUCCGACAGCGGCAACUCGGAGGACAACUACGUGCCUAUGAACCCCAGCUCGUCCCCGCUCAACGCCAGCCAGGCCGACAGCCCCAAGAACAUCUACAUCCCCAUGAGCCCUGGGCCGCACCACUUCGACUUCCCCGGGUUCUCGGCCACGCUGCCGGCCAGGAAGGGCAGCACGGCGUCCCUCUCCCACCGGCCGGGCCGCCUGAGCGACGUCACGCCGCCUCCCAUCAACCGCAACCUCAAGCCCAACAGGAAGAGUGAGUCGGGCACCUCAAAGCCAACACCUCUGGAUCUGAGGAGCAAUGGCAUCAUCGAUGAGCUGCCCUUCAAGAGUCCCGUCACCAUGUCCUGGACCAGACCAAUGCCUGCGAUGAACUCCAUGUCCUCUCAGCACUGUCGGCCCAUCUCCACUCAGAGCAUCACCAGCACUGAUUCCGCAGACAGUGAGGAGAACUACGUGGCCAUGCAAAACCCAGCAUCUACCUCACCAGCAGUGAGUGGUACCAGCAGUCCUGCCGCUAGGAAGUGUGGGAAUGUAGACUACCUGGCUCUGGACUUCCAGCCUGGGUCCCCCAGCCCACACCGAAAGCCCUCUACCUCCUCUGUCACAUCUGAUGAGAAGGUGGACUAUGUCCAGGUGGACAAAGAGAAGACCCAGGCACUCCAGAACACAAUGCAGGAGUGGACAGACGUCCGGCAGUCCACAGAACCCACCAAAGGGGUCAAGUCCUGACAGUAGCCCUGCGUGCACACCAGACCUGCAGAGCCGCGGGAUACAGCAUGCCUUCCCCCCACACCACUCCUCCUCCUCCUCCUCCUCCUCCUCCUCUUCCGACGACACCAUUUCACAAAAAAACACUGUUGCUGGGACAGCAGGAUCCAUGUGAGAGAGAAAGAGAGAGAGAGAGAGGAGAAGUUGGAGAAAUGAAAACAUCCAGGUUGAUGUUGAUGUUGACACAUAAACUGACUAGACUCAAAGCCAUAGCUAACAGUUCAAUGUUUUCUUCUUCCUUCCCCCUCUUCCUCAUCUUCUCGUUUCGUGUGGUUGGACACACUUUUGCAAAGGCCUCUGCACUAGAAGUCUGACAGCGAGGCAAGGGAACAGCACGAACAGUGAAUGAUGGACCAGUGCAAACGACCCUCAUCCCUUUUGGCCUGUCAAGAGCUGAGUUUGCCCUCAGCUUCCAUGAGCAUUUCUAAAGCAAAGAACCACUCUGCAAACGCAGCACACAGUCAAUACCACAGCCUCUGCAGAGGAAAGCGACACAUCAUGCCUGCAUUGGAGAAAUAUAUAUUUAUUCUAAAGCAUCAAUAAUAAUGACAGAAGCUUAGCUCAGCACAUCAUAUAGAGACCUCCUUUUCCCUGUGUCAAGGAGGUUUAUAUUGAUGGUGUGCCAGUCAAAUCGCAUUGCCAUUUGACAGAGCACAUUGAUCUGAAAAGGGUCGAGAGGCGAGUGUAAUUACUUUUGUCUCUGUUUUAUUGAACAUGUGACUCAGCAAGAAUGCCAAGAUACAUUCAUGUUUUGGUUUAAAGAACACUCGUCUAUUGGGUUUUCUCCACAGUCAGCCACUGUAGCUGAGCUUUGUAAAGCCUGGGCAAGAAGCGUGUCUCACCCAAGGGCUCCCAGUUUAGUUAUCCACAGCCUUACAGGUUACCCUAGCAACCGAAAAGUAAAACAACAACUCCAGCCUUAAGGUUGAGUCGCUCAGUUUGAAGCUUCAGCAAUAAUUCAGAAUGGCUGAUGUUUCUCCCAAAUCGACCCCUUAUUCAUACAAUAUCUGUACAGCUAGACUCAGUCUACAUCUUGAGCUCAGUUUAAGACCUUUAUGUCUGUGAGAGUGCAAGACGCACAAUGGUUUGUAGGUUUCAAUUGUGCCAUUCCUGUCAAUGUCAAUAAAUUCAGUCACCUGUUUAUAAACAACUCACCUCCCAGUUUGUUGGGAGCAGGUGGAUUUCUGGUUAAAUGAUGUCAUGCAGACAAACCAACUAAUGCCUAUCUAAUCUCCUACAGUGAACAGCUCGACCAUCUGGUUCACAGUGCCAUCCCAACAGUAUAUAAACCGCGUAUAAUGGCAAGCAUGCAGAGUCCCACCAGGAAAUGCAUCCAGCAUGAGUGUGUGCCAUUGCUCUCCUCUCGUGAAGCCAUGUAGAUAUAGUCUGAAUAAAUCUGUGGCAAAAUGGCUGUUAUAACAUGUGAUAUAUUCACUGUAAAAUUGCAAUUUAUUUCACAGGAGUCACGGGUAUAUGCAUUCCUUCUUAUUAUUUCCAUUUUUUUUUUGUUUUUGUUGAUGUUUUUUUCUUAACAUUCUGUCAGCCUGGAGUGAUUGGUGAUGGAGUCAGCGAGGAGUGAUAGCUGUAUGGGUCCAUGUGGAUAAACACAGCCAGCCGCUAAGGCUAAGAGAUUGUUUUGUCCACUGGAAAUCGCUUCAUGUGCCUUGCAGUGCAUUUUUUAAACAUCAUUGCCACUGCUACAGACACUAGAAUAUGGCAAAUUAAUGAAACAGACGUACUUCCUUAAGCCUCUGGCCCUCCCUGAAGUAUAAGGCCAGCCAACCUGGAUUUCUGUUUACUAUACAUUAAUGUGAUUACUGUGACUACAGCUGGUCAUUCAGAUGAUGCAAGAUAGGUCAUAGAGCUGUAAUGGAGAAGGUGAGGUGUGAAAUAUGACAUUACUUCUAGAAGUUCAAGCUCAAAUGCCCUUCAAUGGACUUUUAGAUGCCAACUUCUCCAACUUUGAGAUGUGUUACAGUCUUCAAGAGCUUUAGUCAGUGUUGUUCAAACAGACUAUUGAUUGCAAUCCAUUUCUGAAUUGUAGGAAUGUUGAAAAUCUUGAAAACCAGGGAAAUACAAUCCAAUAUGUUAUAUGGUAAUAAUAGUGAUAGUCUUAACUCAACUAAUUCAGUGUAAUUGCUAGCAAAGAUGACUCAAUUAGAUUUUAAUUUCGAUCAGAUCCAGUAGAUGAGAGUGGACUCGACCUUCCAAAUGGUUUAUAAUUAUCCAAUCAGGAUAGUCGAGUCGGUAGAGGAAUCAAUUGUUUUGAAGUUUAGCGACAUAUUGUAAGACAGUCAAUGAAUAUGAAGCAAACUCUGCUGAGCCAAAUAGAAACAUCUAUUAUCUCCAGGAUUGAUCAGCUGGGUGUUUUCAGAGAGUUCACCAUCACUACUGGUUCUAUGGCUAGCCCCCAGAAUACAGAAUAUGUAGUAGAAUUGCACUGAUGGACCUUUACAGACUGUAAUUUAUGAAAAACAGUGAGCGGGACUUAAGUAUUUUACUUAAUAUCCACUCUAAGAAUACCUUGGUAUGUAAUUUGUUGUUUCAAGAGAGUUCUUGUAAGUGAAUGAAUUGUGUAUGUGUUGUGUUAGGAUAUAUUGUAUGAUAUAGUGUGUUGAGACUGGCUGUCUUGGCAAGAUUUUAAGAAAAAAUCUGUUGCAAGCCUUUUACUGAAUUGACUUUUAAGCAGUGUACAUUUUUACCUGUUUUAUUGCUACUACUGUAAAGCAUUUCUAUCCAACUGUGGAUUGCUUGUGAAUUAAUUUAUUAAUUUAUGAUGUGUUUUGCCGUUUUCAAAAGUUUUGGGGAAAAAAACAAACAACAAAAUGUGGCUCUACUAACAUCAAUUUAUGCUAUGUGUCUUCUUUUUUCUUGUUGUUGUUGUGAAGCAAUAUGCCAAACAAUGCCAGUAUAAUGGUAUAAUGUGGUACCUUUGGGAUACACAUUUUGUUAUUCUAGUAUAAUAGAUUCAAAAUGUGGGCAAAAAUAAAAAAAAAAA